AUGUCAGCGGACCACCCGCCGGGCCGAGAUGUGAAUGUGAUGGGCCUGAUGGUCGACUGCGGUGCAACCUCGCACAUCAUCACGGACCACGCCAAGUUUAAAAGUUUCGACGAGAGCUUCAAGGCCGAGUCUCACUGCGUCGAGCUGGCGGAUGGGACGCGGUGCAGCGGUGUAGCAGAGAAGCGAGGGGACGCGGUCGUUUUUCUGACGGAUAGCAGAGGCAGAAAGCUGAAGACAACGCUGAGAGACGCUUUGUACAUCCCCUCCUACCCGCAAGACAUCUUCUCCGUUAAAGCAGCUACGGCCAGUGACGCGACAGUGAUCUUCAAGAAGGACAAGGACGUGCUGAUCCACAAAGACGUGGAGGACAUGAGACGUUGUGUGUGGCUGGUAGAUGCAUGUUUCUCCGGCUGUGAGCUGUGGAGUCCUCCUCCUUCCCAGACUCCCCCUCCUCCUUCCCAGACUCCCCCUCCUCCUUCCCAGACUCCCCCUCCUCCUUCCCAGACUCCCCCUCUUCCUCCCAGUCCUCCCCCUCCUACCCCCGAGACUCCUCCCCCUCCUACCCCCGAGACUCCUCCCCCUCCUACCCCCGAGACUCCUCCCCCUCCUACCCCCGAGACUCCUCCCCCUCCUACCCCCGAGACUCCUCCCCCUCCUACCCCCGAGACUCCUCCCCCUCCUACCCCGGCUCCUCCCCCUCCUCCUUCCCAGGUUCCUCCCCCUCCUCCUUCCCAGACUCCCCCUCCUCCUUCCAGACUCCCCCUCCUCCUUCCAGACUCCCCCUCCUCCUUCCAGACUCCCCCUCCUCCUUCCAGACUCACCCUCCUCCUUCCAGACUCCCCCUCCUCCUUCCAGACUCCCCCUCCUCCUUCCAGACUCCUCCUCUUCCCCCAGACUCCUCCUCCUCCUCCUUCCCAGACUCCCCCUCCUCCUUCCCAGACUCCCCCUCCUCCUUCCCAGACUCCCCCUCCUCCUUCCCAGACUCCUCCUCCUCCUUCCCAGACUCCUCCUCCUCCUUCCCAGACUCCUCCUCCUCCUUCCCAGACUCCUCCUCCUCCUUCUCCUUCCCCCCAGGCUCCCCCUCCUCCUUCCCAGGCUCCCCCUCCUCCUUCCCAGACUCCCCCUCCUCCUCCUCCCCAGACUCCUCCUCCUCCUCCUCCCCAGACUCCUCCUCCUCCUCCUCCCCAGACUCCUCCUCCUCCUCCCCAGACUCCUCCUCCUCCCCAGACUCCUCCUCCUCCUCCUCCCCAGACUCCUCCUCCUCCUCCUCCCCAGACUCCUCCUCCUCCUCCUCCCCAGACUCCUCCUCUUCCUUCCCAGGCUCCCCCUCCUCCUUCCCAGGCUCCCCCU